CUCAUUUGUAUUGCGCUCUCUGUUGUGUCCGUCUUCUAUGGACACCAGACUGCAAGUGCUACCACAACUGGAAAAGCAGAGACGCUUGAUUGUUUGGCCGACAUGAACGAGGUCCGGACAGUCGCUGGACUCGCCAAGUUUGGGGAGCCAUCUAGUGAUAAGCAAAAACUGCCGCCAAACCCCACUUUGAAAGAGACCGUAAACGCUACCAAUUUGUGGAACGAAAUCUGCACAAUAAUAACAACGAAGGAAGGCGAUAGCGCUGAAGCCAAAAAAUUAGAGGGGACGUUCGCGUACUAUCCCGGUAAAAAAGACUGCAAGGCGGCAGUGCAAUACUGGAAGGACGGGUUUUCGCUCUUCAGUAACAAGCUACCUCCAACAUACGCAGCUCCAAACGAGCCUGAUGUCUACACCGACAGGGCCGUUUCCUUUGUUGCCCUCUACAACCCUAAAACGAGCCCUGUAGCCAGCUGUGUCUUUGUGACCUGCACAACCGCAAGCGGGUUUGCUUCCCCCGGCCUCUCGAAAGGCGAGGAAGGGCCAACAUUAAGGAGACUCGAAGGUGGGACUCAAACAACUACUGCCGUCAUCUGCUUGACGAAUCCGGAGGCGCUGACUACUGAAGAGGCGCCAUUCAAGGAAGAUGAAUGGCAGAAGAUUGUUCAUGCUAUAGUUGGUACUGAGGAGAGCAACAGGGUUUCCCCGGUUAGGCCAUCAUUGGCAAUUGGAUUCAUCAUGAUGCUUUUUGCUUACGGUCUUUUUUAG